AUGCGUAGUAACCGGUGGUCUACCCCCCAGCUGCCUAUUUCGCUGUGUGCGGCGGAUGAGACGGAGAAUGAUCUUUCUGUACCGAACAGCCGCACACGCGCCACGUCCAUGCUGUCACCACUGGCCCCAGACAACAGACGGACGGAGGAAGAUGUGGGGAUGGACGACUUAGUAGUGACCGAGACUGAGACUCCCGGAAAGACUACUGUCUAUGAACUGCUCAAAGAUCGCAUGGACAUGACACAACGAGCCAGACAACGCGACAAUCAGAUCCUCCUCCGCAUCAAUCUGAUUAUGGCCAACAUUGUCGUCUGCAUCACCCUGGCCAUAAUGAUUCUGCAAGUGGAAUGGCAUGAUCGAGAAGUAUACUUCCGCGACGUUUCCAUACCCGACAAUUGUGCAGAGACGAGUCAAUGCCUUUUCGACAGUUGGUACUCUACACAUAUGAAGAUUGUG